AUGCCGACCAAACUCGCUGUCGUCGAUGCAAGAGCCCUCGAGUCGCAAUUCUCAAACAUCUGCCGAAUCGGCGGCACACCCGGUUUGUCGCUUGUCGCUAUCCAUCACGGAGAAGUCAUCUACUCGAACCAUUUCGGACAUCGAGAUGUCCAAGCCAACGAGCCGCCCGACGGAGAGACCAUUUACUUCGUCGCCUCAUUGACCAAGGCCAUGGUUGCCGCAUUGAUUGGAAUCCUUGUCGAAGAACGUCUGCUGGACUGGGACACUCCCAUCUGUUGCAUCCUUCCAGAACUCAAAGGUGCCCUAGAAGGUAGAGGGUCCCAUAUCACAAUAAUCGACCUCCUUUCCCAUCGAGCUGGCAUCGCCCGCAGCGACGCUCUGUGGCUGCAGAGAGCCGGCAACGUCCUUAUCUCGAAAACCCAGGGCAUCGAUACGUGGACUUCGCAACCUCUGGUCAGGGACUUCCGAGCCGACUACCUGUACAACAACUUCGGAUAUGACAUGCUUGGUCGAGCCAUCGAGAAGCUGACGGGAAAGAGCGUCGGUACGAACUUCAAGGAGAAGCUAUUCGGGCCUCUCGGCAUGACCCGUACUUCUCUAGAAGAUGACGCUUCAACCAGGUCUAACGCCGCCAAGGCCUACUUCACAUUGGACGAUGGGUCUCCUGUCGAAGUUCCUGUCCCUACGAUCUCAGACAAAACCUUCAUGGCAGCUGCUGGCUCCGUUCGUAGCUGCACAAAUGAUCUUGCCAAGUUCUACACCAGCUUCAUGCACGCCGCCAACGACCAGUUUCGGAACAAAACUACAGAAACACAUGGGUCGCCCUUCAAGCAACUACUCCGCACUCUCCAGCCGCACAACCAGCUCACUAUACUCCCAUGCACACUUGGGGUGUUCAACUACAACAAGGAUCUCGUCCCGGCCAUGCCGACCAUCGGCGAGAACGCGGCCUCUCGGCUGGUCGUAUACCAUGGCGGAAGCAUGCAAGGGUUUACAUCAUCGGUGUAUCUACUUCCGGAGACUGAGACAGCGGUGUUUGCGUUGCAAAACUCGACGGCAUUGUGCGAUCCUUGCGAUUGGAUCCCGCAGCUCGUAGUGCAGACAAUCUUCGGACACGGGGGAGACUUGAUCGACUUCGAGAAAUUCGCCAAGACUGCUGCCGCGACUGGCGCAGGCCUUACUGAUGCCAUCGAGAAGCAGCUGCAACAAGAACGCGAGCCGGGCACCAAGCCGCAGAAGUUGACCGCCUAUGUUGGCAGGUACCGAAACAAGGCAAACACAUUCUACAUCGACAUUGCUGUACAAGAAGACGGAGAGCUGUACAUGUGCUUUCAAGGUUUGGAAAAUGAGACAUACAGACUUAGACAUUAUCAUCGCGACAUCUUCGUGUGGAACUUGUCCCACAACGAGACGGCGCGACAAGGCAGGUUCCAGACCCGCCCGCUGUGCUCGUACAAGAUCGAGUUCCAGUCAGUGGAUGGACAUGCAGGCGAUGUGAAGAUAAAUCACCUGGGCUGGAUGUAUGAUGAGUCACUUCUUGAGCCCCCAGUUUUUCUGCUGGAGGAAGUCGCAUUCCAGAACAUGGGUUUGCAAAAGUUGGACCGGUUCAACAUUGACUAG